UGCUGUGGUACAUGGUGGUGAUCACCUGUAGCUCACCUGUAGCUGUGGCUAUUCACGUUUUCAGGUCUGCUCAGUGUUCGUGUCGAGGCAAUUGUAGGUUGACCAGGGCCUUUUUACUUUGAAAUGUCCGAACCAUUGAAGUACUUGGCAGGAUUUGGGAAUGAGUUUCAAUCCGAAGCUCUUCCCAAUGCUCUCCCUGAAGGACAGAACAAUCCACAAAAGUGCCCAUAUGGCCUGUACGCAGAGCAGCUGUCUGGCUCUGCAUUCACCUCGCCACGCCACAGCAAUGUCAGAACGUGGCUGUAUCGUAUCCGUCCAAGUGUACAGCAUGAGCCAUUCAGCCAUGCUGAAGCUGGACAUCUGACCAACGACUGGCCUGCUGGACCUGCUAACCCUAACCAGCUGCGGUGGAAUCCAUUCCGCUUGCCGUCGGAUGAACACCGUGUUGACUUUGUUGAGGGCUUGUCCAGCAUCUGCGGUGCAGGUGACCCAUGCAGCCGCCAUGGCAUUGGUAUUUACGUGUACUGCUGCAACCGGUCAAUGGAGAACAUGUGCUUCUACAACUCCGAUGGGGAUUUCUUGAUCGUGCCACAGAAAGGUACACUUGUUAUCACAACUGAAUUUGGCGUCAUGGAAGUUCGCUCCGGAGAGAUCUGUGUGAUUCAGCAAGGCAUGAGAUUCAACGUGGCAGUCAACGAGUCAUCCCGUGGCUAUGUACUGGAGGUCUACGAUGGUCAUUUUACGCUGCCUGACCUUGGACCCAUUGGUGCGAACGGCUUGGCCAAUCCACGCGAUUUUCUGACCCCGACAGCAGCGUUUGAUGAUGUCAUUGUUCCCGGCGGCUAUGUGGUCAUUUCCAAGUUCCAAGGGCAGCUCUUCUCAGCUAAACAGUUCCACAGUCCGUUUGAUGUGGUUGCAUGGCAUGGUAACUAUGUACCAUACAAGUAUGACUUGGACAAGUUCAACGUCGUCAACUCUGUGUCCUUCGAUCACAUGGACCCGUCCAUUUUCACUGUCCUGACGUGCCAGUCUCAAAAGCCAGGUGUUGCCAUUGCUGAUUUCGUCAUCUUUCCACCGCGCUGGUCCGUACAGGAGCACACUUUCAGGCCACCCUAUUACCACCGUAACUGUAUGAGUGAGUUCAUGGGUCUGAUCAAGGGUCGCUAUGAAGCCAAGCCGGAAGGGUCUCAGCCCGGUGGCGCUACCUUGCACAGCAUGAUGACACCGCAUGGUCCGGACACACAGUGCUUUGAGGGAGCAUCCAACGCCGACCUCAAGGCCGAAAAGAUUGCCCUUGGUGCGAUGGCGUUUAUGUUUGAAUCCUCUCUGAGCAUGCGUGUGACCAAGUGGGCGCAAGGCAUUUCUAGCCUUGACGAAGAUUAUUACAAGUGCUGGAGCGGCCUGAAGAAUCACUUUGACCCGGACUGGAAACCUGAGAAGGCAACGUAAUGACGGCCGAUAGUAGUUCUCUGCCAAUCACGCUUGCACUCUUUCUUGCAUGCGGCCGGCUGCAUUAUUUGCUACGGGGUUUUGUUUCCCCCGCUGUUCACUUUAUUUCUGUUCAUAGACUUUUCCGAUCAUUUUAUAUUUACCAACGUUUCCAGCUCGCUUAUAUUCCUUUAUCUACUCUCCAAGACAGAAAACUCUUUUCAACAAAGAUAUGUGCAUGAUAAUGUUUAGGCAGUGCACUUGCGCACACCACUGCUAAUCUGGCUCUUGACUGAAUGCCGUCUGUUGGUGUUCUCUCUACAUGCACGUAGUGCCGCACUACUGAACCGUCGUCCCAUUGGCGCCAUAAUAUCUUUUUUUCUUUUUCUUUUUUUGCACCAUAAUCAAAAUAUUUACAAUUAUGCAAAUGCAAAGUAGUAUUGAAUUAUUCAUGCUACAUUCUUCACUGGUUGGUUCACGAUGUCAAGCUCUGCAGGCAAGGCUUGCAUUCCAGGCUGUGAAAGAUGUGCAUGUGCUCCAUGUGUACUUGUGUUUUUCUAAUCACCUAUCUUUUGUCCAUAUAGAACCUGAUUGCAGUCAUGUUCAUUAUAGUCCUAGUGAUUUCCUAGUGAGCAGUGGUCUUAUUUUGCUUUUGUUGUAUCACUUCCUCUUGGCUGUGACUUUGUGAGUUGUAGUAUUUGGACUCGACAAGCAGUCUAAAAUUUUGCAUUAA